AUGCAAGACAGUACAUUACCUCAAGUGAAUACAAAUACUCCACAAUCAUCGCGAAUUUUACUUAAUAUAGAAGAUUAUCAUCAAGCAGCAAAAGAAAAACUUUCGAAAAUGACUUAUGAUUAUUAUCGAUCAGGUGCUGAUGAUGAAUUAACAUUACAAGAUAAUAUAAAUGCUUAUCGACGUAUUAAAUUACGUCCAAGAGUAUUUGUUGAUGUUUCUCAUCAUGGUACAAAUUCAGAUACUUGUUCUGUUACAUUAUUAAAUGGUCAAACAACUUGUUCAUUACCUAUUUUAAUUGCACCAACAGCAAUGCAUCGAUUAGCUGAUGAUCGUGGUGAAUUAAGUACAGCACGUGCAGCUGUUCGUGCUAAUACAGUAAUGAUACUUUCUUCAUUAUCAACAACACGUUUAGAAGAUGUUGCUCAUGAACAUCAACAAGCAUUAAAAGAAUAUCCAACAUCAAAAUCACAAUUAUGGUUUCAAUUAUAUAUUGUUAAAGAUCGUGAAUUUACAAAACGACUUGUUCAUCGUGCUGAAAAAGCUGGUUUUCGUGCGCUUGUUCUUACUGUUGAUGCUUGUCGUUUUGGUAAUCGUGAAGCAGAUCAUCGAAAUGGAUUUCGUUUACCAGAAAAUAUGCAAUUAGAAAAUUUAUAUGAUGGUGAUUUAAAACAUGCACAAAGUGAUCAUGUAUCAGCAUUAAAUGAUUUUAUUGCAAGAAAUCUUGAUGCAUCAUUAACAUGGUCUGAUAUUAAAUGGUUAAGACAAAUAACUCGUUUGCCUAUUAUUGUUAAAGGUAUAAUGACUAGCGAAGAUACUCAAUUAGCUGUUGAAGCUGAUGUUGAUGGAAUUAUUGUAUCAAAUCAUGGUGCUCGACAAGUUGAUACAACAUUAAGUACAAUUGAAGCUCUACCUGAAGUUGUUGCAAUUGUUCGAGGAAUGCAAACUAAGAAAAAGAUUGAUAUUUAUAUAGAUGGUGGAGUUCGACGUGGUACAGAUGUUCUUAAAGCCAUAGCUCUUGGAGCAGAUGCUGUACUUAUUGGUCGACCUGUUCUUUGGGGUCUUGCAGUAGGUGGAUGUCAAGGUGUAGUUGAUGUAUUCGAAGUAUUGAAACGUGAAUUUAAACUUGCAGUGAUGCUUUGCGGAUGUGCAUCAUUACCGAACAAUGGCAAGUCUUCACAUCUUGUUGCAAUGCCAAAAUCGAAGCUCUAA